AGCAACUCUUGUCUACAAGAUAUUUCUGCAAGAUUUCUCUACUUAAGCAAACAACCAACAAGCUUCAAAUUUUUUUCAUUAAAUAACUUCUCAGACCAAAAAUAUUUCCCUUCACAUUUAGUUGCCCAAGAUGGAGCAAAAAUCGACGAAAACUCAGCAAAACCGACUACUGAGUGGAAGCAGAGCAGGCAGCCGCUCUGUGGCACCUCUGCGGAGCAGAUAUUUGUCUUACCCACAACCACCCAGAUAUGAUAAGAUAGGCACCUUCAUAAGACAUCCCCAUGUGUUUAAUGAAAACAACGUUGAUGUAACCCCUGUACCACUGUCGUUAGGAAAACGAAGUAAUCUAAUUGAAAUUGAAGGUGUAACUCCUCCUGAGAGUGCACCUGGGGUAACAGCGUCUUCAAAUGUGAGUGGCGGUCCUUUUUCAAGAUCUAUAUUUAAUACAACUUCUCACCAUGAUCGCAUUGAAGAGUUUAAUGAGACUGAAGAUAUUCCAUCCUGGGAAGUUGUUGUAGAAAAACCGGAGUCACCCACAGUUCUUAGAGAAAAUGAUUUAGCAAAGGAAGUUGACAUAAAUCUGAAAGAGUCAGAGACAUUCAUGUUGUUUGAACUAAUCUCGACUUGUGUUCUGCAAGAUACUGAAGAAGCAAAACUGGUUAUGAAAAGGAAUGCCAUGUAUCAUGAGUUGGUGAAGAACAGAGUUGGCAAUGAUCGUUAUGUAUCAAAGGGGGUUAAUACUUUCAAUGAUCCCCGCAAACUGAAGCUUGUACAGACCCUACCUAUCAAACAUAUGGAUCACAGUGUACAGGUUUCUAAUUGGGAUAUGUAUGACAAAUAUCGAUUGAAAAAGAAAGAUAGUUUGAGGAAAGAUAAUCAAGAACAUGAAGAUAGGCUAGAAAAUGUCAGUUUUCUAGAUGAAACUACCAUGAAAAAAGGAGACCAACAAACGUUUGAUGAAUCGUAUGGCUCUGGAAAAUCUGGAGGUUCUGAAAUUCUGAAAUCCACUUUGAUGUCUUCGCUAAAUUCGAGUAUAUCAUCUCAGACUAAAGUUGCGAAACUGGCUAAAGAAAUAACAAUGGAUGAACCUGUGAAAUAUGAUGAUGUGAUAUUACAGAGUUUGAAUUUUGCAAGGGAUCUAUUCAUAAUGGAGAGAAUAAUCAAUCUGAAUACUUACCAACCGAAAUUAGCCAAGUACCGUAACUUACCAGUCAGUUUCAAUGUUGAAUCUUCUGAAGUGGAGGAAUCUGCUAGUGAAACGGACAUAUCACCAAACUUACAGAAACUCUGGUCCUUCACAUGCCCAUUGACCAAAGGUCACACGGUCAGUUGCAUGGCAUGGAACAAUUCUAACUUAGAUCUCAUUGCUGUCGGAUAUGGAGAGUUUGAAUUCAAGAACCAGAAGCAUGGCCUUGCAUGUUGCUGGUCCAUGAAGAAUCCUGAGUAUCCAGAGAAAGUGUUCCCACACCGUACAGGUGUUACAGCUCUUGAUUUCUCUAUGACUUACCCAAACCUUCUAGCGGUGGGUUUCUACGAUGGUGGAAUUGCAGUCUAUGACAUGAAACUAAAGACAAACACUCCAGUCCAAACUAGCUUCCUCUCAUCUCACAGACACACAUCAGCUGUGACUGAAGUGAAGUGGAUUGAACGAGAUUCAGGAUCAGAGAUGUCUGAGAAAGUGGAAUAUCUCAUCUCUAUAUCCAAAGAUGGUCGGAUCAGCUCUUGGGCAAUCCUCAAAGGAUUUGAAUGUACUGACAUGAUGCAUCUGCGCCGGAUUGGCCGUUCGGCCAAAGUUGGUCCAAAGUUACGGGAGAGGAGAGUGGAAACAUAUAUAUCAAGAUAUGCCUGUGGAACUUGCAUUAGUUUCCAGCCUGGCAUCCCAAAUAUUUACAUGGUUGGUACAGAAGAUGGCCAUAUUCAUAAAUGUUCUCUCUCCUACAAUGAACAAUAUCUGGACACCUACAAUGCUCACACAGCUCCAGUUUAUAGCAUUACAUGGUCUCCAUUCCUGUCAGAUGUAUUUCUCAGUGCUGGAGGAGAUUGGACAGUAAAACUGUGGCACCAAAACAGAUUGGUACCAAUUCUCAAGUUCUUUUCUUCCAUUGCUGUGGAAUCAAAACCUGAACGGCCAGGCCGAGUACACCUACAGACUUCUAGUGAGAAAACAGUCAUUCGUUUGAAAACAGUGUAUUCGGUGGCAUGGUCCCCAACAUCAUCAACAGUUUUUGCCUGUGUUAACCAUGAUGAAGUCGAAGUUUGGGACUUGAGUCAGGACAUAUUGGAUCCCAUCAUUCAUUACAAUCCUCUCUCAGGCAGUACACCUAUAGCACCUACCUGUGUGUCUUUUGCCAAAAAUUCAGAGUGUCUGUUGGUCGGUGACAGCGGAGGGAAUGUGACAGUGCUGCAGUUGGAGAACAUGCCUUCACCUCCCCCGAUUGCCGAACAGCGAGACAUUCUCACCAAAAUCCUGACUGUUUCCCUUGCCACCCAACUCUGUAAUCCUGCUGAAGCCGAGAAUAUUGUUGGCUGUAAGGAUACUGAACAUUCAUCACAGUCUUAACUGAAGUGGCUGCAUUCACUGAGUGAAAAUACACUCUGUUGCACCGUACAAGACUACCUCCACAGAUUGAAAGACUCCGUCCA